CUACAGCUUUGGCAAAAUCCUCAGCCAUGGCGCACGGAGGUUAUGCCAAGAGAAGAGUUUCGGAACCUAAUCAGGCGGCGGGAAGUAGUCGGAGGUCGAAAGUAUUGCGUGUAGAGAAGAAACCUAAGACUGUCUCUAUCAAGAAUCAGAUGCGUUCCGUUGAACGCUUUCUUCGUAAAGAUUUGCCUCCUGAAGUAAGAGAGUCUUUAGUUGAGAAGUUGGAAGAUUUGAAGAAGCAGCAAGACGCUCAUACCCGUCUUGCUGUUGAACGUAAAAUAUUCCUUAGGAACAGAAAGAUUAAGUUCUUUGAGCGGAGAAAGAUCGAAAGGAGCAUUAGACGUCUUGAGAAGUUACAACGUACUUCAUCUGCUCAUGUGGGAGAUACAGAUAUAGUUGAGCAACUCAGUAAACUCAAAGAAGACCUUGAAUAUGUUAGGUUCUUCCCGAAAAAUGAGAAGUAUGUAUCUCUUUUUACUGGAGCUGAGGAUUCAGAAGUAAUUGAGAAGAGAGGUAAAAUGCGGAAGCAGAUCAAAGCCAAUAUUAUUGUUGCUGCUGCUAGUGGGAAAGAGUUAGAAGAGACAGGGAGUGAAGACGAUGGUCUUCUGGACCUUAGUGAUGAUGAUUUCUUUGAUAAAGGGAGUUCAAGCGAUGAAGCAGACGCAGAUGAUGAAUUGACCGAUAAAAGCGCAAAGGAGGCUGCCUCUAGUGCUUCUGGUAGAGCAACUUCUGGCAUGUCUAGUGAUGAAAGGAAUCAGAAGCAAAACUCUGAUAGGGCUUUAAUGCCGCCACCACAAGCAAGGUUUGAAUCAAAUUAUAGGAAGAAUUCAUAUGUACAGAGGAAUGAGAUGCCAUCAUCCUCGAGAAACAACACUUCAAACAGAAGAAGAAGAGACGGCCUAAGAAGAAGAAGCAACAGUGAUCGGGUUCUCGGCUUCUUCAAACACACUACACACCUCUUCAUCAGUUCCGAUUACUCGUUGCAAUGUUUUGUCCUUGACCAUGGAGCUCUCGCCGAAAGUGUUAAGCUUGAUGAAGCUAAACAGCUUAGAGACGAGGUACGUGGGAUGUUUUAUCAUGCGUUUGAUGGAUAUAUGAACAAUGCGUUUCCGCUCGAUGAAUUAAGACCGUUAUCUUGCCAAGGAGAAGAUACUCUUGGAGGCUAUGCGUUGACCCUGAUUGACUCGUUGGAUACAUUAGCUUUACUAGGUGACCGAGAGCGCUUCACUUCUUCUGUUGAAUGGAUUGGUAAAAACCUUCAGUUUAAUAUAAAUAAAACUGUCUCUGUGUUCGAGACAACUAUCCGAGUCCUCGGGGGCUUACUCUCUGCUCAUCUGAUUGCAAGUGAUUAUGCAACGGGCAUGAGAAUUCCAUCUUACAACAAUGAAUUACUAGUUUUGGCUGAGGAUUUGACACGGAGAAUGCUUCCUGCAUUUGAUACACCAACUGGAAUCCCAUUUGGAUCUAUAACAUCGACUGCAGGUGGUGGUACUUUGUCUUUAGAGUUUGGCGUGCUUAGUCGUUUAACAAAUGAUCCUGUUUUCGAACAAGUUGCAAAGAAUGCGGUGAGGGGACUAUGGGCACGUCGUUCAAAUCUCGACUUGGUUGGUGCUCACAUCAAUGUCUUUACAGGUGAAUGGACACAGAAGGAUGCUGGUAUAGGAACAAGCAUUGAUUCCUUUUAUGAGUAUCUCCUCAAGGCUUAUAUACUCUUUGGGGAUGAGGAAUAUCUAUACAUUUUUCAAGAAGCUUAUAGAUCUGCAAUGCAGUACCUUCACAAGGAUCCUUGGUAUGUAGAAGUCAAUAUGGAUUCCGCAGCUAUUGUCUGGCCAGUAUUUAACAGCCUUCAAGCUUUCUGGCCAGGACUUCAGGUCUUAGCUGGAGAUGUUGAUCCGGCAAUUAGAACUCACACUGCCUUCUUUAGCGUCUGGAAACGAUAUGGUUUCACCCCUGAGGGUUUUAAUCUUGCUACACUUAGUGUCCAGUAUGGGCAAAAGAGUUAUCCCCUAAGGCCGGAACUAAUCGAGAGCACAUAUUGGUUGUACAAAGCUACCAGAGAUCCCAGGUAUCUUGAUGCAGGACGUGACUUUGUGGCUAGUUUGCAAUAUGGGGCAAAAUGUCCUUGCGGUUAUUGUCACAUUACAGAUGUAGAACUUCAUAAACAAGAAGAUCACAUGGAGAGCUUUUUCCUCGCAGAAACUGUAAAGUACUUAUGGCUACUCUUCGACUUAGCUGUUGAGUCAGAUAACCUCGUUGACAAUGGCCCUUACAAGUAUAUCUUUAGCACGGAAGGUCAUCUUUUACCAUUAACACCGCAAAUAUCUCUAGCUCGAGAACGUUGCUCUUACUUUGGCGGAUAUUGUCCAAGCAAUUCCACAAAACCGGAACAAGAAGUCCUUGAAGAAGAGAGUAAUAACGAUGAUCGCAGUAACAUCUAUCCUUACCACGAAUCUUUUCCAAUUACCGGUUUGAUAAAGGGUUUAUGCCCAGGACUAACACAUGCUCAGAAAUACGGUUUGUCUUAUGUUCUACCGGAGAAGACAGAUCGUGAAGAUGUUGACCAAGCUAAACCGGUAGUUACUAGCACUCCAAUUGUGCUGAUCACGGAUCAAAGAGUGGAAAAGAAACCACAGGAAGAAGAAGGAUUUACUUCUCAGUCUGAACCAAUAAUGACAAUCUCUGGUGGUAGUAGCAACGACCAAACAGGUCAAGAGUUAACCUUGUUAGAGUCAGAAACUGAUGAUCAAAGAUUAUACUCUUCUUAACUCUCACAUUUAUUUAUAUGUUUCAAAAAGAAGAUUACAAAAACUUUAUUUAGGAAUAUAGAUUAAUAUUCAGU